AUGUCCUACGAGUACUUAAACAGGGCCAAAAAAAUCAUUUGCAUUGGCCGCAAUUAUGCUGCUCAUAUUAAAGAAUUGAACAAUGCCACUCCUAAGCAACCAUUCUUCUUUUUGAAGCCAACCUCAUCUUUGGUGACUCCAGUGGGUCCUAUGUCAAAAUCCAGAUUGAAUCCAGAAGAAUCCGCUACCUUCAAUGGUUUAAAUGAGGAUGGUAGCAACCCUGGUCCAAUUUAUGUUCCUAAGGGUACUAUCAUUCACCAUGAGGUUGAAUUAGCGUUAGUGGUUGAUAAACAUUUGAGUAAUCUGAACAAGGAAAGCUUCGGCCCCGAACAAGUAUGGGACUCAAUUAGCGGUGUUUCAUUGGCGCUGGAUCUCACGGCUAGAAACGUACAAGAUGAAGCUAAGAAGAAAGGUUUACCAUGGACUAUUGGUAAAGGGUUUGAUACCUUCUGCCCCAUUUCACACUUCAUUCCGAAGGAAGAAUUAUUUAACAAGACCAAUCUACAGGACUCUUUCAGGCUAAGUUGCUCUGUUAAUGGUCAAUUGAGACAAAAUGAUUCCACGUCAUUGAUGUUGAACCCGUUGCAUACUAUCUUGCAGCAUAUUUCCACUAUGAUCUCUUUAGAGCCCAACGACAUUGUUUUGACUGGUACUCCAGCGGGGGUUGGAGAGCUUCACCCUGGUGAUACCAUUGAAUGUGAACUAUACCAAGACGACAAGCUGUUGGUUAGUUUUGAAUUUGAUUGUGAGCAAAGACCAGGUCCGUACGAGUACAAAGAAGUGUGA